UGAACAGAAAUAAACAUGGUGGAAAAACAAGCAUUUAUUGUAAUUUAGAUGAUACAAUUCAGCCACAGAAUGAAAUUGAUCUUCAGUAAAUUACUAUGCAGAAGAAGCACUUCAAUUUCAUCAAGUGUGUCGAAAAGCAAUAUAAAGCUCCUGAUAGAAAUGGAGCAGAAGAAUCCUGGGAAGUAUGUUCUGGUAAAUUGAGACUGUCUGCACAAUCCAUUAAGAAAUGCUAUGACAGUGGACAUGGAAAAAAGCUUGUCCUACAAAAUGAAAAAGAAACAGAUCAUCUCAGACUGCCUCACGAAUACGUGCCAUGGGUGGUUGUAGAUGAUACACCUCUCCUCGGUGACUAUGAAAGUUUCAUUCACUAUGUUUGCAUGGCAUACAAAGGCAAGUCUUUGCCCAAGACUUGCAGUUCACAUCCCAACACCUCAAUUAACAAGGACACCUCACUCCAAUCAGUCUGUCAUGCAAGUGAAGAGAGGUCAGGUGACAGUUCAGGGAAGCACCAGAUGAAGAUGGAACCCCUUGCAUGAUUAUUAUACAUGCAUCCUUUUAUUAUAGAAUAUAAUAAGGGGAGUAUGUACCUAUGGCUUUCAAUUUUCCAGGCAUGGUUCUUGCACAAGGAACUCCCCAGGUGGA